AUAUGGCAGCCUGUAUUAGGGAACUACUAGAUCCCAUUCUGUGUCCUGCUCAGUUCCCUUUCCAGACAUGGAGCCGCUGACCAUAUUCCUCUGCCUUUUUAUUUUCUUACUUUUACUCUUUACAUGGAAGACACACAAGCGACGAGUUCAAUUGCCCCCUGGACCCUAUCCUCUUCCGCUGCUAGGAAAUGUGCUACAGGGGAUCACUGUGCUGUAUGACUCUUAUCGCAAGCUUUCUGAGCAGUAUGGCCCAGUGUUCACUGUGUGGCUGGGUUCCACACCAAUGGUGGUACUCUGUGGGUAUGAGGUGCUGAAAGAUGCUUUGAUUAACCACUCUCAAGAAUUUGGUGCUCGAGGAGCCUUUCCAGUACCUGAGAGACUGACUGAUGGAUAUGGUGUCAUUUCAACCAAUGGCACUCGCUGGCAGCAGUUGCGCCGCUUUUCAGUCACCGUAUUAAGAAACUUUGGAAUGGGGAAGCGGUCAAUGGAGGAGAGAAUACAUGAGGAGACUCAGCACCUUAUACAGGCUGUACAGCACACAGGAGGAGAAGCAUUUGAUCCUCUCUAUUUACUUGGCCGAGCAGUAAACAACAUUAUUAACCUUAUAGUGUUUGGAAGACGCUGGGACUAUAAGGAUAAGAUGAUGAUCAAAUUGUUUAACAUCAUAAAUAGCAUUUUACUUUUCCUCCGAUCCCCAUUAGGAGUGAUUUAUUCGGCAUUAUACCAGAUAAUGCAGCACCUUCCCGGCCCACAUCAGAAGAUAUUCCAUGACAGUGAGACAGUGAAAUCUUUUAUCAGAGAGCAGAUUAAUUCUCAUAAAGAAACACUGGAUUCGGAUUCCCCACGGGACUAUAUUGACUGCUUCCUCAUCAAAGCUAAUCAGGAAAAGGACCACCACUCAAGUGAAUUCAGCCAAGAAAAUCUGGUGAACACAGUGUUCGAUUUCUUUGUAGCAGGGACAGAGACCGCCACAAACACCAUUCAGUUCAGCUUGCUAGUCAUUAUUACAUACCCCCAUAUUCAAGCCCAGGUUCAGAAGGAAAUAGACAAAGUAGUUGGCCCUGAUCGAUUGCCUGGGAUUGCAGACCGAGCCCAGAUGCCAUACACUAAUGCUGUUAUUCAUGAGAUCCAUCGGUUCUUGGACCUUGUGCCACUGUCACUCCCUCAUAUGGCAACACAGGACACAGUAUGUAGGGGUUUCAGGAUCCCUAAGGGAACAACAGUCAUUCCACUAAUUGGCUCAGCCCUAUGUGACCCGGCCCACUGGGAAACACCUGAGGAAUUCAAUCCUGAGCACUUCCUAAACCAGAAUGGAGAGUUUUAUAUACCGCCAGCGUUCAUGCCAUUCUCAGCAGGAAAGAGAGUGUGCCUGGGAGAAGGGCUGGCUCGUAUGGAAAUCUUCCUCUUCUUCACUGCCCUGCUGCAGAAAUUCACAAUCAGAGUUGCCAAUCAGACUGAUACAUUCAACCUGAGGACGCUGAGGAGGGCCUUCCGGAAAAAGGGGCUAUUCUAUCAGCUGAGAGCCAUGCCUAGAACCUGUACUGUGGAGAAAUAAUAUAAUAAAUCUGUACAUCUGCAAAUUAAUAUAUAUUUGGAUCUACAUUCAAACUAAAUCUAAAUGAAUCUGGUAUCUGUGCUUGAACUGUAAAUUCUUUUUACUCUUUUUUUAAGCUCUUGUUAAAGUUAAAGAAUGUUCCUUUUUUGUAAAGCAUUUCUUUCCCUUUGGUUUAUUUUUCAUCAAUUGGUUGUAAGUGCAAAUUAAAGGCAUUUUACUAUCUGUUAA